UUUCGACGCUCGUGAACGUUACAGUGCCCCUCCGUCCAAGUUAUUUACACAAAGAAAUGAAGAGUGUAAUGCAUGUUUCAUUGGUUAUAUUUCAAUGAUAUUUUAAUAAGCAAAGGGUGAUAUAGGUAAAAUCAUGGCCGCGACCCCCUAAAGUCUGUGAAAUGAGUUGUCCUAGAUACAAACACAAUACUUGUCUGACCUUUACGAUUGAAAAAAAAAAUCGAGGUGGAUGGCAGUGGUGGUAGUGAAAUUAUGACAUCGUUUUCAACUAAGCAAGAAGAAAAGAGUAAAAAUAAAGACAAAAGAAAAAUUAUUUCGUCCAGGGAAACAGUGUUUAUCAUAUGGACCAACCGUACACCGCAGACGACUCAUCAGCAGAGCUCGAGAGUUAUAUGAGCGCAAUGGUCACUCUUGUCGUCAUGAACAUCCUCGUGUAUUCCUCCGCCGCCGCCAUGUAUAGCUUGAGUCGAGAGGAUCUUCCCGCCUUCCGGAUGUCCACUCCCCACUUUCUCGCUUCCUCUCAGUCUCCUCGCGCGCCUCCGUUUCCGUCCCUUCCUCCUCCGGUUCUCCCUCACGAGGUGGAGCUCCAGCAGAUCCCCCGCGCGAAUGUCGUGCGGUGGGACUCCAUCAACUCCCUCUACAUCAGCGCUGCCGGUUGGACGGACGAGGAGCACGUCUACGAGGAGUGGAAUGACGGUGACAACAAGGCGACUGAUACAUCCUGCUAGCAUAAAAUCAAAUACGAUAGUUGCAUUAAUACCAUUCAGAGGAGCCUCCUUGACAUUGGCCUUCACAAUAGCAACUUUGAAGUUGUUCUCAGGACAAGCUAUGAUAUCCAGCAUAUUUACCACAGGAUACAAUGGAGGUUUACGUGAAGACGCUAACAGGAAAGACGUUGACAGUAGAAGUCACACCCCAAGAUACCGUGGAAGUGUUAAAAGCAAAACUACAAGACAUAGAAGGCGUACCGACUGACCAGCAGAGGAUCGUCUUCUCAGGAAUUCAGCUCGAGGAUGGGAGAACACUCGCGGAUUACAACAUUUGCCGAGAAGCUGUGUUACAUCUAAUCCUUCGUCUGAGAGGAGGGGGUAUGCCCAUGUUCUUCCUCAAUGUGGUAAUGCCAUCAGCCAAUGUGAUCCAACCGGUUGUCAAUGAACGGACGACCGUUAGAGAGGUGAGAAAGUUGCUGGAAGAAGAAGACCCAUCCUUAAAGAACCGGAACUAUCGUCUGAUGGUGGCUCAGCGGACGAUGGACAGCAGCAAGACCUUGGAGGAUUAUGGCAUCACGUCAGAGGCAGUCAUAAGAUUAGAAUUUUCAGAAAAUCGUUGCUCCGUUAUGUGAGUUUUUAAUGAAGUUAUUUCAUAUUUU